CCGAAAAACCCCUAAAAAAUAGAAUCAUCUCCUUUGGUGGCAUUGGCUGAUUUAUUUGUCUACCUUUGCCUAGUAUGAAUGUAAAUAGCCCGUUUAUGUAAUUAACAAUUUUUACACACACAAAGAAAAUCAUUAAGUUAUAAGCCAGGUAUUAAAAUAUUUUAUAAUUAAGUUAAUUAAAACUGGGUGAAACGAUUCUUAACGUAUCAUCUACAUGAUCGCAGUGACCUAUCUAGGAAUACGUGCCAUAUGGUACGUACCUUAUUGAUCCAGACCAAAUGCUACCAAGAGAUCAUCGCUAAAGCAUACAAACACUAUUCGGAACGAAUGCCUGGAAUACCACUGUUCUGUACCUUUAACUGGUAUCUCUUGUUUGUGGCUAGUUAUUCUUUUUUUGGAGAGACUUGUGCUCAAUACUUCUAACUAUAAAGUAUCAAAUUGUAGAGAUGCUGUUUACGUAUACCAGACUGAUGUUUGUAUUUUAUCAGAAUAGGAUGGUUUUUUAAUUUUCUCUUGAAACAGAAAAGGAUAUUGAGGCAGCAUUUCAGUUAAUUGGCCUGGAUGCACUUUCUUUGCUUAAUAAUCAUUCUACAAAGUUACAUGAUUAUCCAAAACUUAUUUGAGGGCCUAAUAUGGGUUAUUAUGCCACUUACUCUGGUGUUCCUGAAUGACAUUUUUGCCUAUAUUUUUGAUAAAAAAUAUGGUAAAACCCCAUUGAUCAAGGUAUCACCAAUUAAAACUCUUGAAGGAUUUCUUGGUGGUGGCCUUGGAUCUUUAGUACUUGGAACAAUAAUUGCUUGGGUUCUUUGCCACAUAGACCAUAUGGUAUGCCCCACGAAGUUCCAACUAGUAAAAAACACCAUUGAAAUGUCCACCAACUGCUCCAGAAGCUACUUGUUCCAGCUAGUUAAUUAUUAUGGAUUUAAUUACUAUCCUUUUCUGAAUCACCUUCAAGUGCUUACCCUCUUCGCCUCCCUCAUAGCUCCCUUUGGAGGCUUUUGCGCUUCAGGUUUUAAAAGAGCUUUUAAAAUGAAGGAUUUUGGAGAUACCAUUCCUGGACAUGGUGGGGUUAUGGAUAGGUUCGAUUGUCAGUAUUUAAUGGCCAGUUUUGUUAAUGUUUACAUCAUUAGUUUCGUAAGGAGUUACAGUGUUGAAAAGUUUUUGGCCAAAGUGCUGAAUAUGAACGAGGAGGUUCAGUUGGAGUUCUUUCAUGUUUUAAAACAGAAUUUGACUGAUCAGGGUUUGUUGAAUUAGGUUUAGUGGUUAUGUAUUGUACUGGAAGACUGAAUAAUGUAAUUCUAGUAAUAAGUUAAUGAUUUAUACUGUAGUGAUCAUAUGAGUCAAAUAAAAUAACUAUUUAUAUUG